AUGAGCGAAUCUAAAAGUCAUAUUGGUAUACCUCCCUUGAAAAAAAAUCCAGAGAAUUCAGAAAGAAACUUUAGACUAUUCAAGAACAGUUUUAUGCAAAAUGAUAUCACGAAAAAAUUAGAUAAAAACUAUAAUAUAAAUCAAUAUCAAAUAAAACGGGCAGAUUCUGAGAUUGAUCCAAAUUCAGAAGACAUACCGCCUGAGCAACCAUCACCACUAAAUAAUUAUCAAAACAUAAUACCAAAAAAUGAUAUAUUUGAGAAUAAAAAAUGGAGGGAAGAUAUUGGCAAACAUAAAAUAGACUUCAAAAAUUUUUCAAUGAAGAAUAAACCUUCAGAUCAUUUAUAUACAAAUAAGGAAAAGCUUUCUUUACCUGUAAAUAAAAAAAGUAAUUUUGACCUUGAACAUUUUCAAAAAGGAAGAGAACAUUCAUUGCCAGAAAAUUUAUCCAAUAAUCAUACAACUUAUCCGAUUAAUAAAAGUUCCUCAGGUUUUCAAAAUAACUCCAAAAGUAAUGAUCAUAAUGAUUCAAAUCCUAAGAAAUCAAGUCUCAAUAAUCAUACUACUUUUAAUUUGCAACAUUCCUGGGGAGAAAAAUCGCAUAUAUCAAAUGCAGCCACUAAACAAUUACAUAUAUUGGAGAAGCCACUUAGAAGAAUGUCUGUUUUACCUGAGUUACACAACUUCUUACCUCAUAAAAAAGAAAAAGACUCAAUAAUUAACCAUUCCAAAACAUCAAUAUUGUCUGAAGGUGCUACCGCCGAUUUAGACUUGAGAGACAAACAAAGCCAGUCUUUUGAACCUAGAGAAGACUUUCUACAAUCACCAUCAGCAAUAAGGAAUCAAACAACCAAUAUAACACCUAUAUUUAAGAACUUUACAUUUAACCAACAUAAUUUAAACCAAAGUGAUCCAAAAUUAUCAGAAUUGCAUGAAAAUGAACCAUUAAAUUUGCAAGAAAGAAGGGCAUCUGAUCCCUCUGAGAUACAAAGAAGCAAAACAAUACUGCCUUCUUUCCACCAAAAUAGGAGACAGACAAUAUCUACCAAUGUGGAGAUUCCUAUUUCAGUUCUUAAGGAAAGAAGAAUGUCAGCAGUAUCAGCAGGAUAUGAGCCACCAUCAACAACAGAAUUUUCAUUACCACAAAGACUGAGAAGAGCCAGUAUGGUGUCAUCACUAAAUAGAUCUUUCCCCCCAAAUGAAACUAUAAGAAGAAGGUCAUUAUCUCCAGAAUUGACUUUUACUCAUUACAAAAAUGAUAAUCAUCACACAAAAAAUAAAAACACUUUUAAAACUUUCGAUUUUAAGUCAUUUCAAUUUCCAUUAUCCACACCGCAAGAAAUUAUUGGACAAGAAUCACACUUUGAUAAUAUACCAGGGAAAGGUGAGAGAUCAACAGUUGUGAAAGAAGAGAAAGUUAAUCGAAAUAAUGGUAGGAACAAAGUUAGAACUAUUGAAGACGACAAUGAUUACGAGGAUAUAUCUAAUUAUGUUCAUACCAAUAAUAUUUUUGCUACUCUGAUUGAGCAAGAAAAGGAGAGGGAAAAAGAAAGGGAAAAACAUCAUCACCAUCAUGGCCACCAUGGUAUGGUUGAUUAUACUUCUGCUGUUACAGGUGCAUUUAGCGAUGUAAUGUUUAAUUGGAAUGAAACUUCAAACGAUAAUCAAUCACAGUCUGAAUCUGAAUCAACUUCUGAAUCAUGUAAUAGUCUUUGUAACAUCAAUACCCAACUUGGUGGAAAUGAGAUUAUUUCUAGCAAAGAAAAUACUUUAGACACAACUACCCCUGUACCGACUGCCUAUAACUCAACUUGCCAAACACCUAUAUUAAAUAAAGCUACCAGAAUUGAAGAGUCGAAAAAACAUCGUCAUCAUAAAUCGUUAAAUGAUAAUAUAUCCAAAAGUAUCCCAUAUGUAAACGAUAAGAAACGUUUAGUGUAUCAGUUUUUACAGUCUCUAGCUCCACCUAGUAAAAACCAACUAGAAAAACAGGGUCUGUUGUUUACAAGUGAAAAUCCGUUAAUUUCAUCUCAAUUAUUGGACAAAGAUUCUGCAAACACGAAUAAUGGAAUAACAAUGUCAUCUAAUAGAUCUUUGCAAAGUUUACUUUUUCAUGAUUUGGAGCAGCCUGAAUAUCUCUCAGACUCACCUGGUCCUUCACCAUAUUCAAGAUCUUCCUAUUCACUUUCAUCAUACUCUAGUAGUUCAUAUUCUUCUGAUUUAUCAUCCACAUCGUCUAAUGGAUCAAAAUCUAACGAAGAUUCUAGUAACCAAAAUAGGGAUCAAAUGGAUGACAUUUUGGAUCGCUAUGAUGUAGAUUAUUACCAAAGACAUAUAGCAUUAUUAUUAUCUAAGUUUGAUGAUAUUAUGAAAUCGCACCUAAAAGGGGCUAUUUUGAAAAAGGAAAUUGAUUUUCAAAGGACCUUGCAGAACUUUGAUAAUUUAGUGGAUGAAUUACAAAAAUUGAAAAAGAAGACUAUCGAUCUUGAAACAUUGAUAAAGAGUAAAUAUUUGGUUAAGUUGACAAAAGAUUUUGGAGAUAAAAAUAGUGAUUCAUUUAUUGAAGUAAUAAAGAAAAAUGUAACUUAUAAUAUCAAACAGUUAGAAGCAUUUGAAACAAGAAUGAGUGUAUGUCAGCAAAAAUUAGCUACACAAAAAAGAGACCUGAAAAAAAUGGAAAGUUUACUGCAAAUAGAACAAAGUAUUAUUCAAUCUAAAAAAUCACUUGGAUUUUUCUCGAAAUAUAGAUAUAUGAUAUUCGAUCUCCUUUCACUACUUGUCAUAGUAUUUAUUGUCCUAAUAUUUGUUUCUUCAAAGAAGUGGGAGAUGACAUCUUAUAUAUUCGCAUUUUAA